CUGCUCGAAAAUAUCCGUACAUCAUCUCCAGGUGGCGUCACCUUCAUGCCAUCAAGUCUGCCCAAUCAAAUUCCGCAACCCAGUCGCGAGAUCCCCAGCGAUUGAACUUCCAUGGCGUACCAUGAACGGUUCAAUCUAGAUUUGCAUAUCAUUUCAACUCUUCGAAAAGUUACUGUCAUGAUCCGUCUGGAAUAUAUUGCCAAUGCUUGUGGCUUCCACUUUGAAGAUUCUAAAUUAGGAUGCACGAGCUCCAAGCAGUCUAGCGCAAUUUUAAAAAAAAGUCAAAAACAUUCUAGUGGUAAUCUUCCAUUCUUUUAAAGUUCAAACUUAAAGUCAAAUAAAAUGGACUUCAAGUUUUGGGUCGAUCUGCCAGAAAGUACCGCAUGCCAUUCCCUCACUUAACUCGCUAAGGAUUCAACGGUAAGGUUACAGUGUUCCAUUCGAAAUGUAUGUGGGGGGAUUUUAUUCCAAAAAGUGGAUCAGGAAACUCUUCCAGAUCAUAUACCGUAUACGGCGUACCUGGUUCAUUCCCUGGUUUUCAAAUCAACCGGCUUAAAUCUAUGGCGAGUUAAGUGAGUUAAGUGACUUGAUUGACCUCUCUGAAUGUUUACACGGGAUGAGACUUGGACGCUAGAGAAACCAUGGCUGUUCCUCUGAGAGUUUGCCAUCUCCUGGUACGUACAUAGAGUUUCGGAGUUUUGCUGACUUCCUGGCCGCACGAGUAAAUAAAUUCAGUCUUAUUAUCUGCCUGGAUGAAGUCUCACGGAAAUUUGAUUUCUUAUUUCGACAUCAACUGAACAUUUCCAAUUUAACUACGGGGUAUGCUGGUGCGGGCAUGAUGCUGCGGACUGCGGACAUCCCUUCUCAUUUCCUUCUCUCCCAAGUUUUCACAUUCUCUGCAUCUUCAUUUGCGGGCGUA